AUGUCUUCUUCCCCAUCAUCAUCACAACUCGAGACCGAGUUCAAACAGGCCCAACAAUUCGUUCAGAGUGGACCUGCUGAAUCCGAACCUUCCAAUGAACAAAAACUAUUGUUCUAUGCUUACUUCAAGCAAGCCACUGAAGGACCCAAUACUGGAAAGAGACCAGGAGCCUUUGAUCUUAUCAAGAGAGCAAAAUAUGAUGCGUGGAAAAAGCUAGGAGAUAUGUCCAAAGAAGAUGCCAUGAAAGGAUACAUUGCUAAUCUUGAAAAAUCAUCUCCUAAAUGGAAGGAAUUCUUUGCAAACAAGAGCAGUACUGUAGAGGCUUCUCCAACCUCUGGAACAUCCAAUCCUUUCGGCAAUGAAGUUUUCAGGCCUGAUCUUCUUCGUGGAAAGGUGGCUGUCGUAACUGGAGGAGGUUCAGGAAUUUGCAAAGUCAUUACCGAAUAUUUGGCAUAUCAUGGAGCGAAUACUGUCAUCAUUUCACGAACACUCUCCAAGUUGGAGCAAGCUGCUAAAGAAAUUAAUCAACUUGCAAACAAUGGCACUGAAUGUUUUCCUGUGAGUGCAGAUGUGAGAGAUUAUAAGGGUUUGUCAGAAGCUUUUGAUAAGGCAUUGAAAAAGUUUGGAAGAAUUGAUAUUUUGGUGAAUGGAAGUGCUGGUAAUUUCUUGUGUCCUGCCUCUCAAUUGAGUAGUGGUGGAUUUAAGACCGUUUUGGAAAUUGAUACUGUUGGAACUUUCCAUGCAAGCAAGCUUGCAUAUGAGAAAUACAUGAAAAAGCAUGGAGGAAACAUUGUAAAUUUGUCAAUGACACUGCACAACACUGCCAGUAUCAUGCAAGUCCAUGCUGGAUGUGCUAAAUCGGCCAUUGACACCAUGACCAAACACUUGGCUGUGGAGUGGGGAUUGGAUGGUGUUCGUGUCAACUCCAUUCAAAUUGGACCAAUUGAGGGAACAGAAGGCUUCAGCAGACUUCUUCCAAAAGAAGAAUUGGACAAGUUCAAGAAGACAAUUCCAUUGCAAAGGUUUGGUCAACCUGUCGACAUUGCAAGAAUGGUUUUGUUCCUUGUCAGUGAUGCCGCUAGCUACAUUACUGCUGCCAUUAUUCCUGUGGAAGGAGCAUCUCAAUACACCACCAACAACAUUUAUGGAUAUCCACAAGUAUUGCAAAUGAGCAAGAUGUAA